AAAAAUUUGAGGUUAACAACAAGCAAUCGUGUAUUUUCAAACAUGGAUUUGCAAAUUCCAAAGCCAAAAAGGCCUAACAGAUUGAAAAUUGAUUUACCAUUACCAGUGAUCAUGAAAAAAGAUGGUACAAUUGAGAAAAUACCGGCAACAUUCAAUGGAUUUACAGUAGUAGUAGAAGAUCCAGCAGAUAUGAAAACAAUAGUUUCUAUGGGUUGUUUUGGAAAAGGAAACCUUUCAAGGAGCUUUCCUCAUUUUCAUUUAAAUAGUGAUAAAACAGAAUUGAUCAGAAGUAGGCAGUAUAAUCAUAGGAAGAAAUUCAAAUCAACUAGUUUGAAGAAAGUUAUAGUUGUACCUGAUUCUGACAAUGAGGAGAUUGAUGAUUAUAUCACAAAUUUAAAACCAGAAUACCAAAUAGAUAGCUCAUGUCUUAGUGAGAAUGUCUGUCUAAGUUUAGAAGAAGCAUUCUUUUUAACACAUGCUGUUGAAUGUUUAGUUAUUAAAAGUGAAAAUGAAGUACUGGAAAUUGAACAAGUAUGGAAAGAAUUUUGUAAAAUUAACAAAGACUUCCCAGUUCAUUAUGCAGUUUACUUCUACUUUAGAGCAAAGAAUUGGGUUGUUAAACCUGGUAUUAAGUUUGGAGGUGAUUAUUUACUGUAUAAACAAGGACCUUCAUUUUUUCAUGCAGCCUAUGUUGUUGUAAUCAAUAUUGUGAAUCCUCAAUCUGGAGAGAAGCAAAGAUCAAUGGAAAAUCCAUCAGUUAUGGGUUUAAAUCGACUGAGUGAAACUGCUGGAAAAGACUUGAUUAUUUGUAAAGUAACAUUACCUGAGAAUGGUAUAGAUUACAAAAAUAUGCAAAGUGUUUUGAUUGAAGAACUUUUAGUGAGAAGGUGGUUAUAUUCACAAAAAAAUAGUUAACACUAAAUACUAGGCUAUUAUUUUCAUCCCUACAUAGAAGAUCCUAUUCUCUGUUUUUGUUUCAAAGUGACACCCGUUCUUCUGUACUCUGUUCUUUCUUCUAAAUAUUCUUUUGUACACCUAUUUCUAAAGUCCUCAUCUUGGUACCAAUGAGUUAAACAUUCUUUUAACAUGCU